GCUUCUGCCAGUGCUUGCGUGGACAUUAAGUAACUAGCCGAGGUGAUUAAAACCAGCUGAGUAGUGCGAUCAAGCACUCUAACACCAACCAUGUCCACACCUCUCUACACCAUCAUCGGGACGCCAUUCAGCACCUUCACCCGAUCUAUCACUCUCGCAUUAGUUCAUAAGGGGAUACCCUUCACCCAAGUUAGAUGCGUCCCACACUCGGACACAGCAUAUGAUAACCAUUUAUUCGGGUUUCUGCCCACCCUGGUCAUCCACAAAAUUGAUGGCAAGACAGUCAACCUGAAAUUGCGCGAGACCGCUGCCAUCGCGCGCUACAUUGACAGGAUUGCACCACAACCCAGCUUGCUUAUCUCACCGGGCCACGGGAAAGCAAUCAUCGAGGAACAGUUGUGGGAGUUUGUGAGUCUUGUUGGAGCACAUGGUUUCCCUGCUGUUGAGAAAGGGGUCGUGAAACCCCGUGUAGCUGCGAUCGACGGAGGCAAACUUACAGAUUCUGCCGUUCGCGAACAAAUCAAACCAGCUGUAGAGCAUCUUACCAGAUUGCUUAGUAAAGUGGAAGAACUGAUGGCCGAUGAGGGCUACGUGUUCGGGAGCCAGCUGAGCUGGGCGGACUUCUUUUUGUUCCCGCUGCUUGCAGAUCUCAAAGCAGUCCCGGAGGGCGAAUUGCUUUCUCCAAGAUUGGUGAACUGGAUGGCGGAAAUGAAUAAGUUGGAGGCAGUCAAGGCCACCACUCCAGGUACUUUGAGUGUUGGUGCAAGACCCCCCUAAUCGCCCAACUCGAACAGUGUACAGGAAU